AUGCACCCCAUCGUCAUCGGCGGCGGCCGCGUGGGCACUGCCAUCAGCCGCAUGUAUGCGCCGCGCCCGGCGCCCAUCCUGCGCCGCGGGGAAGCGGUUCCAGACCUCCCGCGCCCGGGCGCCGACGCCGGGCCGAUCUGGGUCUGCACGACUAACGACGCCUUGGAUGAGGUAAUCGCGGCCACGCCCCAGGGCCGACGCGGCGAUCUAGUGUUCGUGCAGAACGGCAUGCUGCUGCCCUGGCUGCGCGAGCGCUGGCUGGGGGGCAACACGCAGGUCCUGUUGUACAUGGCAGCCGACGCCUCUGGCGCCGUGACAGACGGACGAAAGACCCUCGCCCACGGCGGCCGCUGGGCCGAGCACGCCGCCGCCGCGCUCGCCGGCGGCGGCGUCGCGUGCCGCGUCGAGGCGGGGUGGCGGGAGUUUCAAGAGGCAGUUGCCGCGAAGCUGCUCUGGUCCUCCAUAUUCUGGGUCAUGAGCGCGGCGCUGGGUGAGACGGUGGGCGAAAUCGCGGAAAACCGCUCCGAGGAGGUUGCAGCGCUAGUGGCUGAGCUGCUGCCCCUGGUGGAUGACUACCUGGAUGAUGUCAUCGCGGCGGACGGGCGCGGCGAUGUCACGGCGGGUGGCGUCAGCCACAAGGGUUCAGUGGAGGCGUCGGCGGCGCCGGCGGAGAAGGAACAAGUGCAGAGGAGGAGGGUCAGCAGCAGCGGCGGCAGAAACAGCGUGUGGAGGCUGUGA